ACGAUUUAUUUUAAAUCUUUUUAAUUCCUUUUUUUUGUUCAAUCUGUGAAUUCAACGUAAUUUAUUUGAAUUUUUAUUUCGUUAUUUUUUCGAACUUUUUUGGACUUUUAUUAAUGCUAGAAAAAUGACUUCGUUAGUGCCACAAUACUAUGGUCAUCAAUAUAAUACGCAGUCACAUCAUCAGAUGCCAUCGUUAAAUUUUCUGGCAGCGACUGCACCAUGUAAUCGAAUGUUUCAACCAACACCACAAUCGCAUCAAAAUAUGAUAACAACAAUACCAACUGCGUCACAAUCAUUACCAUCAUCUGGAACAGUUUCACCAGCGACCACGAUAAGCUCAUGUAGCAGUGACACAAAUACACCAAGUAGCAUGUUUGCUACGUACCAUCAAACUCCAGUGACGCCACAAGAUUUUCCACGUUCCCCCUUAGAAUAUUCGCCACAUUAUCAGUACCAUAGUUAUCACCAUACUGGCUAUUCACCACAGUCAUAUUGGUUCCAACAUUCACCGACAGCUGGAACUGAGGUACCAAACACACCUAGUUUUCAACAUACGCCACAACAGCAUACUACAAAUACAGCGCAAACAUUCCAUCACCACCAUCAACAAACAACUCCAUCAACGCCUGUCUGUAAUCCUAUGCAAUCCUCAACCUCCUUACCCAUGACCCCACCAACAUAUCACCAUCCUACCUCGGUUGUACCACGCCAAACUUCCAUGUUACCAUCAUGGCAACAACAUUUGGAUAGUGUGAUAAAAAUUGAAAACUUCAUGAAUGGUCGUCGAGUGAAAAAAUGUGUUUGUCCAAAUUGUAUUAAUGACCCAACCGCUGGUAUUCGUGGCAAAGGUAAAAAACAACAUAUUUGUCAUUUUCCUGGAUGUGGAAAAUUGUAUGGAAAAACUUCACACUUACAAGCGCAUUUACGUUCACAUACCGGUGAACGACCAUUUUGUUGUAAUUGGAUCUUUUGUGGGAAACGAUUUACACGAUCCGAUGAAUUACAACGACAUUUACGUACUCAUACCGGAGAGAAACGAUUUUCGUGUAAAAUAUGUGCAAAACGAUUUAUGCGUUCUGAUCAUUUAGCCAAACAUGUUAAGACGCAUUCAAAUCCAAAAAAAGUUAAGAAACUGGUGGCCGCUGAUUCAACCACACCUCAAAUUACAUCAUCAUCGACGACGACGCAGCAACAAAUUUCGUCACAUAAUGUGAUGAAUUCACCAUCGAUGGGUAUUACCGCACCUGUGAGUUGUUUGAGUGGUGAAAGUAAUUCACAAUAUUUAAGAUCAGAUAAUUCGUCCAUAAAUCAUCAAACACAAUUUUUAUGGGGACAUUGUGCGACAACCCCACUAACAGCCAUGAUGUAACUAAUUCACUAAAAUAAUUCAACCCAACUUCUUUCUUACUAUUUAUUAUUUAUUUUUACUUCCAUUCGCUUAAUUUCUGUUGUUGUUUUAACGAAUUAUUACGAAUAAAACCGAUUCUUUCUAUAUAAUAUUAGCUAUUUCCAUAUUGGGAUUCUUUCAAGAAUUGAUAUAUUUAUCAGAGGGGAGGGUAGCUGGGUUAAUCCUUCAGACGAGUCGUCUUUCGUACCUCGUCAUUAUUAAUC